AGGGAAUUACUUCUGGGUCAGCGCUGGGCGGUUCGUGUGGGAGGUACAACAUGGCAACAGGCGGUAACGCGGAGUGCAAGCUGGAAUUUGCGGUGCAGAUGACCUGCGAGAGCUGUGCCAACGCCGUCAGGAACGUGCUGGUUGGAGUUGAUGGGAUCCGUUCGGUACAGAUCAACCUAAGCGAGGAGCAGGUCCUCAUCGACACCAUGCUGAACUCCGGGGAGGUGCAGGCGCUCAUCGAGAGCACGGGGAGGAGAGCUGUGCUGAAAGGAAUGGGCAGCAGCGCCCUCCGGGACCUCGGCACCGCGGUGGCGAUGCUGGGACCGGAGGGGCCCGUCAGUGGGGUGGUGCGGUUCCUGCAGCUGACGGAGCAGCAGUGCGUUAUCGAGGGUACUGUGGAUGGACUGAGCCCCGGUCCGCACGGGCUACACGUCAACGAGUUUGGAGACGUCAGCAACUCCUGCCUCAGCUGCGGUGGCCACUACAAUCCGGGGAACAGCCGCCACGGGGGGCCGAAGGACGCCGAGCGGCACAUUGGAGACCUGGGGAACAUCCACGCCAAUGAGCAGGGGAGAGCCACGUUCCGUAUCCAAGACGACCGUCUGAAGGUCUGGGACAUCAUCGGGCGCUCGGUGGUGGUGGCCAGCGGUGAGGACGACUUGGGUCGAGGAAGACACCCGCUGUCCCACGUCACGGGAAACUCCGGAGAGGGUUUGGUGUGUGGCAUUAUCGCUCGCUCCGCUGGACUGUUCCAGAACCCAAAGAGGAUCUGCGCCUGCGACGGCGUUACCCUGUGGGAGGAGCGUGACCGGCCAGUCGCGGGGCCCGAUCGGAAGAAGCCCAAGGAGGCGCCCACCGCCAACCUCUGACCUCUGACCCUCAUCGGCCACGGGAUCAGACCUGUGACCAUCAACCAGAGACUUUCAGAACAACAUCCUGACCCCGGACAACAUCUGAAGUUGACCUCUUCGCCCCCCCCCCAGCCCGAUGGAGCCUGCACCCUGUUCCGUCAUCCCAAAAUCCCCUUGCUCUAAUCUUCAAGCACUUUCUCCAACCCAUCAGGAUUGGCUUGCUCUGUGAGCCUUGAAGAACACUUCUUCCCCACCGACCUUCUUACCCGCAGUCCCUUGUAUCCAGUCCCGAUUAUUGUUGGCCGCCCACUCCUCAUUCACUUCUGGUUUCAGCAGGUCAGCUCCAACCCUAGCUUCUCAAAGUCAACCGAAGGAGAGCAUCUGAUUGGACACCGUGAUGGGACCAACGAGACAUGCCUUCUCAUUCUGGAGUAGAGUUGUGCCAAGCAAGGCCUGCCCUCAUUGGCCAAUCCCUGCCAGGCUGUGCUGGCCGCAGUAUUAACCAAUCCAGUGCAGUGCUGUGCGACAAGAAGUCCUUUGGGUGCUGGGAGGCGGGCAGGGAUCGGCCCUUUAAGGUCAGGGCAUGUCUUUGUUGACUUGUACCCUCAGGGAAAUGUAUCACAUCCUGCGAGCCUCAAUUAAAGAGUGUGAUGGUUUGAAUGCA